CUUGCGGAGGGGCCGUAAAGCGCGGAAGGUCGCGGGCUCCGGCUUCUUCGGAACUUGGAGUUCCUCAGCUUCGCCCCACCUCGCGGCCCUGGUCCUCGGUUCCGGCCUGAGGCGACCUCCGGCCCCCGUCGUGGUCGCCUGCUCGCCUCCGCCGAGCGGUUUCGGAGCGGGAGCCCGUGGGGCCCGUGAGUUUGGACCCCUGGAAUCUCAGCUACGUGAGAGCCCAUCUCCGUGCUCUUAACAGACGUGAUGUUCCAUCGAUGGCUCUCGAUUGUCCGGAGACAGAGAGCCAGCCCAGCAUGGCAGAGGUGUUCCUCAGCAAGAAGCAGCGCAUCAGCUGCCGAGGCACAUUCUGUCGCUCUGCCUGCCCAGGCACAGGUGGUCAUCUGUGGGGGUGGCAUCAUGGGCACGUCUGUGGCCUAUCACCUCUCUAAGAUGGGGUGGAAGGACAUCAUCCUUCUGGAGCAGGGCAGACUGGCUGCUGGCACCACGCGGUUCUGUGCAGGCAUCCUGAGUACCGCCAGGCACCUGACCAUUGAACAGAAGAUGGCAGACUACUCAAACAAACUCUACCAACAGUUAGAACAGGAAACAGGGAUCCAGACAGGUUAUGUGAGGACAGGCUCAAUCUCUCUGGCCCAAACUCAGGACCGGCUGAUCUCCCUGAAGCGCAUCAAUUCAAGGCUGAAUGUUAUAGGCAUCCCUUCUGAGAUCAUCUCCCCUAAGAAAGUGGCUGAACUCCACCCCCUGCUCAAUGUGCACGAUCUGGUCGGGGCCCUGCAUGUCCCCGAGGAUGCGGUGCUGUCCUCCGCUGAUGUGGCUCUCGCCCUGGCCAGUGCUGCCUCUCAGAACGGUGUUCAGAUUUAUGACCGCACUACUGUUCUUCAUGUCAUGGUCAAAAAAGGUCAAGUUACUGGUGUGGAAACAGAUAAAGGACAGAUUGAAUGCCAGUAUUUUGUCAACUGUGCUGGUCAGUGGGCAUACGAGCUGGGUCUGUCCAACGAGGAGCCGGUUAGUAUCCCGUUACAUGCCUGCGAACACUUCUACCUCCUGACUCGCCCCUGGGAGACCCCUCUGCAGAGCAGCACACCAACUGUCGUGGACCCUGAUGGAAGAAUUUUUAUUCGGAACUGGCAGGGUGGCAUCCUGUCUGGAGGCUUUGAGAAGAACCCAAAACCAAUUUUCACUGAGGGCAAGAACCAGCUGGAGAUUCAGAAUCUACAGGAGGACUGGGAUCACUUUGAGCCGCUGUUGAGUUCCCUCCUACGUAGGAUGCCAGAAUUGGAGACUCUGGAAAUCAUGAAGUUGGUGAACUGCCCUGAGACCUUUACACCAGACAUGAGGUGCAUCAUGGGCGAGUCUCCUGCAGUCCAGGGCUACUUUGUCCUGGCAGGAAUGAACUCUGCUGGCCUCUCGUUUGGUGGAGGAGCUGGAAGGUACCUUGCUGAAUGGAUGGUACAUGGGUAUCCCUCAGAAAAUGUCUGGGAACUGGACUUGAAACGUUUUGGAGCUCUCCAGAGCAGCCGAACCUUUCUGCGCCACCGGGUCAUGGAAGUCAUGCCUCUGAUGUAUGAUCUGAAGGUUCCCCGCUGGGACUUCCAGACUGGCAGACAGUUACGGACAUCUCCUCUCUACGACCGGUUGGAUGCACAGGGAGCCAGAUGGAUGGAGAAACAUGGAUUUGAGAGGCCGAAGUACUUUGUUCCACCUGACAAGGACCUCCUUGCACUGGAGCAGAGCAAGACUUUUUAUAAGCCAGACUGGUUUGACAUUGUGGAGUCUGAAGUCAAGUGUUGUAAGGAAGCUGUGUGUGUCAUUGACAUGUCCUCUUUCACAAAGUUUGAGAUAACAUCUACUGGGGAUCAGGCACUGGAAAUCCUGCAGUACCUCUUCUCCAAUGACCUGGAUGUGCCCGUGGGCCACAUUGUGCAUACCGGCAUGCUCAACGAGGGCGGGGGCUAUGAGAAUGACUGCAGCAUCGCACGCCUGAACAAGCGCAGUUUCUUCAUGAUCUCUCCAACUGACCAGCAGGUCCAUUGUUGGGCCUGGCUGAAGAAACGCAUGCCAAGUGACAGCAGCUUGCUUCUGGAAGAUGUCACCUGGAAAUAUACUGCCCUCAACCUGAUUGGCCCUCGAGCUGUGGAUGUGCUGUCUGAGCUGUCCUAUGCCCCCAUGACUCCAGAUCACUUCCCAAGUCUCUUUUGCAAGGAGAUGAGUGUGGGCUACGCAAAUGGGAUCCGGGUGAUGAGCAUGACGCACACAGGAGAGCCGGGAUUCAUGCUCUACAUUCCCAUAGAGUAUGCUCUGCACGUAUACAAUGAGGUGAUGAGUGUCGGGCAGAAAUAUGGAAUCCGGAAUGCUGGGUAUUACGCUCUUCGCAGUCUCCGAAUUGAGAAGUUUUUUGCCUUCUGGGGUCAGGAUUUAAAUACCCUCACCACGCCCCUGGAAUGUGGACGGGAGUCUCGGGUGAAAUUAGAGAAGGGCAUGGAUUUCAUCGGCCGGGAUGCUCUGCUGCAACAGAAGCAGAAUGGGGUGUACAAGCGCUUCACCAUGUUUAUCUUGGAUGACCAUGACACAGAUCUGGACCUCUGGCCUUGGUGGGGAGAGCCCAUUUAUCGGAAUGGGCAGUAUGUAGGCAAGACCACCAGCAGUGCCUACAGCUACACCCUGGAGCGCCACGUCUGCCUGGGCUUUGUGCACAAUUUUUCUGACACUGGGGAAGAGCAGGUGGUGACAGCCGAUUUCAUCAACCGGGGAGAGUAUGAGAUAGACAUUGCGGGACACCGGUUCCAGGCCAAGGCCAAACUCUACCCUUUCACCUCCCUCUUCACACACAAGCGGCGAAAGGAUGAUGUGGAGCUGAGUGACUUGCAUGGGAAGUAAACAGGGCAGCCUCGCCCCUCCUGUCAUCUCAUCCUGAGCAGCACCUAGGGAGCAUCGCGUCGCGUCGCGACCGCAUCCUGCCCGUCUUCUAUUCCCUUGGUAGAAUUUUCAGCCUGACCUCCUCCUAACCUUACCGCUUUGCAGCUUCUCUGGCCGUUCCAUCUCCUCCUCCCCAUCGCCUGAGGCUCUUCUCCCCUAGAUUCCCAUGGUGGCUGGGAGUCUGACAGGACAGGGGCAAGCUCCAGUUGUAGAGGUGGGUUAAGGUGACAGUCUCAUCUGAAAUUGUCACAAAGCAAGCUGGAAUUGCACAGCUCUCAGGGUGAGAGUCUAUCUCCUUUGGGCUAACAUGAGUAGGGUUGCUGUGUGUGUGAUGUAGCCCCAGGGAGUAGCUGUGCCUUUUAGCCAGGCAGACCGUCUCCUGUUCCAUCGUGCUGUGGCUGGCAUCCGAUACCUCGAGCAAGAGGAUGGUCAUCUACCUCACUGACAAGAGGCAUCGCAGGGACGCUGUCUGGCCUGCAGCAGAAGCACGCAGCUAACCUGGCACCAUCCUCCUCUAUCAAGGACCAGUGAGUGGGGCCUUGGGCCAGGGUGGUCUGCCUAGAGUUUUCAUCCUUGUUAAUCUCUGUAAUAAAAAUUUGUUUUUUGUUUCUUA